UUUUGUGAUGUAAUCUGCAUAUCCGCAUGUUUUAAUCCGCGUUACACUUCACAUAAAACUACACCGCGCAAUGUUUUCGAGACGCAGGUUCACGUGUUCAGCUUUCUGCGCACGCGCGGUGCGGGCUGCAGCGUCGUUCUUGUUUGCAAACAAGACGGCGUGAGUCGCGGCUGCUGUCGCCAUGGCAGAGAACGACGAGAGCGAAAUUAUCGAGCACCACGACGAUGAAGAGAUGGAGAAAAUGAAAAGGCCGAGAAACGAUUCGCAGUCGUUCAUGGAGAGCGUCACAGCGUCCGAGAGAGACGGAGACAGCAGCACCCAGUCCUCCCACCGCCUGCUGGCUUACAGCGAUGCUCUCAUCUCCAUCAUCGCCACUGUCAUGAUAUUACCUGUUGCCCAUACAAAAUUUCAAGACAAUGAGGAGCUGAAGGAGAGCAUUCAGUUGCUCCUCACCACUAAGAUCGCCGUGUACCUGAUGACAUUUCUGAUAGUAACGGUUGCUUGGGCAGCACAUAUAAGACUGUUUCGGGUCAUCGAACGCAUCGAUGACACACUCGCGCUUCUUAAUUUGGCUUGUAUGAUGCUGAUCACUUUUCUACCGUAUACAUUCUCUCUGAUGGCAACUUUCCCAAGUAGCACCCUUGGUAUUCUGCUUUUUUGUGCCUGCGUCAUUAUAAUCGGUCUCAUUCAGGCCGUUAUCGUCUUGUAUGGGUUCAGCCGUCCUUUCCUGCUAAACGAGCACAUCCAGAUGUCGGUGAACCAGGCCUAUUACAGACGCCAUAUUCUUGAAGUUAUAAUGAGAGUGCCUAUAAUCUGUUUCGUCGCCGGUGUGUUUGCAUUCAUCUAUUUUAAACUGUCAUAUGUCUUGCUCGCCCUUGUCAUAUUCACCCCCUAUAUAUCUCAGGCUAUAAAAUGGAUUUGGACUAAAGCCAGUGGCAGUCCCUUAGCUCAGGUAGAGGAGACUCCUGACUCCAUACUUUUUUAUACGUAUCACCCCAGUGAACCACUGAGCAAGGAGCGAGUGGAGGCUUUCAGUGACGGGGUUUAUGCCAUUGUAGCCACUCUUCUCAUCUUAGAUAUAUGUGAGGACAACGUGCCGGACCCGUCUGUCGUGCAGAAGCAGUUUAACGGCAGUCUCAUCGCUGCUCUUCACGAUUACGGCCCUGAGUACCUGGCAUACUUCGGCUCCUUCGCAACAGUGGGCCUCCUGUGGUUCGUGCAUCAUUCGCUCUUCCUGCACGUCACUCGCGCCACACGUUUGAUGGGUCUCUUCAACACUUUCUCCCUAGCUUUUAUCGGUGGCCUGCCACUCGCCUACCAGCUAACGCACGAAUUUCCUCGCGGCUCUCGAAACGAGCUCGAGGCCAUCCAGAUCAGCUGCGUCAUCAUCUUCUUCGCCGGCCUCUUUCAGCUGGCCAUGUGGGUCACGGCACUCUUCACAGAGCGUGAGACGCUCCAUCCGUACGUGCGACACGGAGGCCGUGAGCACGCCUUCAUGCUCGCUAAGCUCUUGCUCUACCCCUGUGUCGCACUCGGGACCUUUUUCUCCACAUGCUUCCUCAGCCGCUUUAGCUCACCCAUCUUCCACCUGAUGCAGAUCGCAGUCCCAUUUGCAUUCCUGCUCCUGAGGCUGAUGGUGCGAGUGGCGCUGGCCGUGUUGAGGUGGCUUUUCUGUCCAAAGACACCUAAUGGAAGAAGUGCGUUGGUGGAAGAGGAGGAUGCGCGUGUGCCUUUUACAGACAUUGUGACUUAGCAGGAUGUUAUUAUCCCAGGAUAAAAUCCAGCAAGGUCUAUGGGCCCGUUGUCACCAAGGAUUCCUCUUGCAAUCUGAUGUGUAAUUGCUUGCUGCAAAAAGUACCUGUGAAGGAAUUAACUACACUAAUCUGCCGCUCCUGACACAACUGCACAACAUCGAGUUAAUAGUGUGGUGAUUUGUAGACACUGAAAUCAUUAUAAUUUUAAAAGAUGGUAAAUAGAAUUAAUUUUAUUCUAAGAAUGAAAGCCAUUGUUAAAUCCGUCCUCUAUCUAUCUAUCUAUCUAUCCAUCCAUCCAUCCAUUCAUCCACCCACCCACUCUCGCAUUGGACUCUGGAUCGGAAGGUCAUAAGAUCAAAUCCCUGCACUACCAAGCUGCCACUGAUGAGCUCUUGAGCAAAGCCCUUAACCCUCAAUUACUAAGUUGUAAGUCGUUCAAUGGAAAAGUGUGUCACCAUAAAUGUAAAUCUAAACGGCAUGAUGAGAAGCGAUGAGUUAAAUUACACUCAAAAUUAUACGUGCAAAGUAUUUCAGGCAAACUUAAAAUAGAAGCUAAAAUGAUUAUAGAAAAUAAUGAAUGGCCUUCUUCAUUAUUGCGCAGAAAAUGCCAGUCCUUUUAACCCCCCACACACACACACACACACACACACAAUGCCUAAAUGCCAACCACAUGUUUCCCUAUUUAAAAUAUGAACUUGAUUAGUAUGCAAUCAGGAUUUUGUAUUAAGGUCAAAAUUCCCCAAAUGAACAUGAAAUUAGGUCCAUGUGCACACGUGGCUCGCACACCGAUCACUCAUCCUGCACGGCUUAAGGCACAUGCAUACGAUUACCAAGCAACCAUAUUAUGCAAACGAUAGCAAAAUCACAUACCAGUCCAUUUCCUUAUGAAUCUGCAUGACUUUGUUGGCCUGUCUAUGAAAAUACGUUUCAUACUUAAAUGUUUUAUUAAAUUAUUUUGAGUUUA